AUGGCACUAUACGAAAUUCUCAGUCAAAUGACUGUCUUUGAUAACGUCAGCAUUUGCUUCGUUGGAGACAUAUUCCACUUUCAAAAUAUACUGGUUCUCAGCAGCACCUCUCAGAUUUCCAAAUAUGAACGAAAUGUCGGUAUUUUCUACGGCAUACAGAUGAGCCUUCCU